AUGACUACUACCAGUCUUAAAGUCUUUUGUCAUGAUGACAAGGUCUACACCUCUCUCACAGCAGAUUCACUUCCGGAAGCGAUCCCUCACUGGCCUGCCUGGGACCUGCAUGACACCCAUGACAGUUUGCCCGAUGAUAGUGAUACUCCACUCACCACAUGCUGGGCAUAUGCAGCUCGCCCAUGGCUUCCUCUUGUCCCUCUAAAUCCUGACUUUGAUGGACCAAUUUUUGCAUGCCUGAACUACUCUGCGUUUUUGCUGCGAGUAGAGGUUGAUAGACAAGGCGAGUAUAUCCUCCAUCGUGACAUCAGGGGAAAAUGGCACAAUUUAGAGCAGAAAUUGCUCUGGUGCCAGGACCAUUUGGGUGCAGGACUUCUUGUUCCAUGGGGGACUCUAUUUGCACAUGCUCCCACUAGUUAUGGGUACCAAAGAUCCCAUGCAGACGCUAGACUUGCGAAAAAAGUUGCAUUGAGGCCGCAUAACACAUUUUCAUCAAUCGUCGCUAUAUGCACAUGGCACAUCAUGAGCUGCCAAUAUCAAGGUUCCGAUCAUGCCUGGGUAUCUCUCUUAACCGAUGACCCUAUGUAUCCCAUCCCAGCUGAAUGGGUUCUCGAGUUAUCUCACUCAUUUGUAGGGGAUUUUUUGACUAAUGUACCACACACCGGGGUUUUCAUAUCUUCCAUCCACUGUCCUUGGGAGGCACAAUUACCUAUGUUUGAAGCAUUCUCGAUCCCAAUCUGGGUCUCCUAUGAUGGCAACACUGCUGUCGACAUCAAGUUGCAUCAUUACAUCCCAUCCCCAAAAGCCAUUGCCAAUGUGAUUGAGGCACAGCAGUCGGGCCAGAUGCAUGAGACUUUUCCUGUUUCAGAACAACUCAGUGGGCAGAAGCCAGGAGAGCAAUACAAUGUGUUCUUUACCCAGCACCACAAGGAAAACAAGGUGAAGGAAGCCAAGGAGACUCCAGCUCGCUGGCAGUCACGUCAGAGCAGCGAGCAUUCAGCAAUGAGCCAUAGUAUUCCCAGAAAAUCCAAUAUGGCCACAGUGUUUGAAUGGCAACCCCAAGACAAAUUUGACGGCUUUCUUCUGCGCAUCUGCCUCACAAAGGCCCAGAUAUCAACAACUUGGGAAAACUAUAGUCGAUCUACUAGGAUUUAUGACUCAUUUCAUAAUGAGUGGGACUUAUGUGAUGUGCUGCAUCCUACCAGCAUUCCCGACGGCGACUGGGAAGAGGAUCAUUUCUUGCCUGUUCCCACUCCUUCUGGUCCUCCUCUGCCUCCUCCCCCACUUUCCAGUUUCAUACAGGAUAUCGAGAACUACUUUGGUCAUCAUGAGGUUGCACCUUCGUUGAAUUACACUAGUGGUAUUGAACAUUUCACCUCAAUCCUUCAUUUCCAUCUCGGAUUUCAGCUCACAGCAUCAACCCACACAGCUCGUGAUAGAUCAACCAUGUUUGAACAGUGGAUUCAGAGGACUACAUGGAUUAACUUAUGCAAACUUAUUGGCAACUCAGGCGAUGACAUUGAAUCUGUUGCAGACACACAGAAGCACGUUAUCACAUGUUUCAUUGGUUAUCUUGUCACCCUACCCAGCUCUCAGUUAUCUCACAUACCAUCUGAUCUCUGGGACUUAGGACCUGAUUCCUCCCUGUCGGCCUCAAAUGCAAAUAUUCAAGUUUCUUAUAUCCACGUGUCCGAGCAGCAGCUGCUCUAUGUCAUCCAGCUGUGUCCAUCACCAAGUCUUGUCCCCUGGAAACUUGUUGUCCCCGACACUGCCACAGCUUUGAUGUGCCUCCACCAUGACUUGGGGUAUGACAUCAUGGAGAUCGCGCGCAAUCUUCUCCAAAAAGGAAUAGCUUUCAAGACAUUGCAGCCAAUAGCAGUUCUACCUUGCGCACAGCGCCCAGUUAUGGAACUCCACACAUACUCGCUUGGUUACAAGCCCCCCACUUUCAGCACUGUAUAUGCUGAUUAUGUCAUGUACAAGCAGUAUUGUCACGAGUUUAUGAAUCAGCCUCAUGCAAGAGCUGCACUUCUUCAUGGGGGGCUCGUAUGGCAGUUAGCUUUACAUAGCAUUGGUUUUGAUGCACUCCCAUCAGUUCUCGAUGGCAUCUCACAGGAAGCUGUUCCAUUCGGCCUCAUGUUGUCCAUUGAUGGCCAGACUUACUUCGAUGAUGAGUUGUUGUUGGAGGUGGUGGAUUUUAUUUGUGGGAUCCCCGACGAAACAGAAAUUGCGACAGGAGGAUACACCGUCGAAGACUUCAGCUUCAAUGCUGACCUCGAGCUGGCACGAUCACGCUCUCUUGAGGACCUGAUGCCUGUGCUGUCUGUUUCCACCACUAUGUCCUCCUCUCCGCUCGUGACACCAUCCUCUCAGCUGCCUGCCAUGCGGACUAUCUCCAAGGAUCCCAAAUCAGUCACCCAGCCAUCAGGGAAAAGCUCGGCCAAGGCCAAAGCUCAGUCAAGGCCACAGCGGACCACUCAUAUGAACGAGACAUGGUAUGGUACCUACAAGCACAGUGGGCAGCUGACUGAGCAGAUGGAGAAAGACCGCCAAUGUGCUGCUGAUGAGCUGGCCAUCAAGCAUGCCAUAGAUGUGAUGUGGUGGGACAAGGACCGUCAACCUCCUGUCAUCUUGUCACUGCAAGGCAGCGAUGGGCCUGAGUCUGACAUUCCAACCUAG